AUGGCGUCAAACUGGUUUGACCGGCUCAGGACCGGGCUGGGCAUGGAGGUGGAGGAGCCGGAGCCUGCCGAGGUGGGCAACCAGACCCUGCUGUCGCAGCUGGAUGAGGCCACCACGCUCACGCGCACCCAGAGGGCGGUGGGCUUUGCACUGUGUGCGGGGCUGGGCCUCCUCCUCUCAUUCCUGGCCCCGCUCUUCGUGCUCCGCCCCGUCAAAUUCGCGAUGGUGUACACCCUUGGAAACCUGCUCGCCAUUGGGAGCUCCUUGUUCUUGGCAGGACCCUCCAAGCAGUGGGCCAACAUGUGGCACAGCAAGCGGAGGCUGGCCACGCUCCUGUACCUGGUGAGCAUCUUCGGCACGCUCGCCUCUGCCCUGGCUCUGCACAGCGCCCUCCUCUGCAUCCUGUUCAUCGUGCUCCAAACCUGCGCGCUGCUCUGGUACUGCCUUUCGUACAUUCCUUACGGCCACGCCAUGGUCAUGCGCUUCGCCGGCCGCCACUUUGACGAGGCGGGGGGCCAGUGGUGA